UAGAUAUUCGUAACGGAGCAUGCCGAAUUGCUGAACAACGCUGAGUGCUGAAAUCGUCAUAAUUACGUUUACUGGUUUACGUUUUCGAAUGGUGGUUCAAGACGCUCUGUAUUGAAAUAAAACGUAUAAAUUCUUUUGAAAAAGUCAUCAUGUCAGAAGACGAAGGUAACCAGAUGUUCCAUCCCAUUCGUCAAAGAAGAAAAUUCACAAAAGAACAGCAAAUGCUAGGCAUGUGGGCAGAUGACAGUGACGAGGAAGAGCAGUUAUCAAAACUUCCGACGAGAGGAUUUAGUAAGGGACCUAAAAAUUAUACAGCGCCAGUUAAUUUUGUAGCGGGUGGCAUUCAGCAAGCUGGCAAAACGAGUGAAGAUAAAAAGAAAGACGAAGAUAAAAAUAACGAAGAAGAUGAAGAUGAUCAAGAUGUAUCGAAUACUUCAAGUGACUCGGAGGAAGAAGCACCUUCACGGCCGUCUUUCUCGUUUAACGCUGAUGCAGUGGGUGGAAUCGCCGGGUUGAGAAAGAAACGCGCACCAGUUAAUCCGUCUCUGAUGAGAACUGGAGUAGGUAACUGGGAAGUACACACCAAAGGUAUUGGAGCCAAACUGCUGCUCCAAAUGGGUUUCGAGCCGGGUAAAGGAUUGGGUAAAUCUUUACAAGGUAUCAGUGCUCCAGUCGAAGCACAAGUACGACGUGGACGUGGUGCCAUUGGAGCUUAUGGCCCCGAGAAGUUAGCAAAGGUCCCGCAGGAGAAGAAGGAUGAGGAUGCAGAGAAGACCAAGGAGUUCAAGGCUAAAUUGUCACAGUGGCGAAAGACUGAUGGGGUACCGAGUAAAAAAAAGACCAAGUACUCGUACAAAAGUGUUGAUCAAGUUCUGGAGGAUGGAAAAUUAAGGCCGAGCAUAAACACUUCAAGUAGUGACAUGAGUCGAGUUAAAGUUAUUGACAUGACGGGUCCGGAGCAGAGAGUACUGAGCGGCUACCAUGCUAUCGCUGGUCAACAUCGUCCUGAUGACUCCGUUGUCGAAAGUGACAAAAAAUCUCUUGCAAACUUUGCACUACCAGAGCUGUUACACAAUUUGAAUCUAAUUGUUGACAUGUGCGAGCAAGAUAUCAUACAGAAUGACAGAAAAACUAGACAUUUGAGGGAUAGAGCGGUUGCUCUUGAAGCUGAGCAAAAGAACAUGGCGAAAAUAAUUGAUCAGCAUGACCAGUUGAUCAAUACCUUGAGUAGUGCCAUAGCAAUAGUUGAAAACUUGAUGAUUAAUAAUAAUGAUAUGAGUUUAGAAGAGACGGCGGAAGCUUUUAAAAAAUUACAGAACGAGUACUACAAUGAUUAUAAAACGUAUGAGCUUGGAGAACUUGCUAGCAGUCUGGUUGCACCGAAAUUCAAGAGUUGUCUAGCUAGUUGGAACCCGCUGCUGGAGCCAAUACGAUAUUUGAAGGAAAUGAAAGAGUGGAAAGAUAUUCUGAGCAUUGGUAAUAAUGUUAUACAAGCCAGGACUUCAAUGAGUCCAUAUGAUCAGCUGAUUUGGAAUGCAUGGAUGCCAUCAAUUCGCGGAGCUGUUCAACAGUGGACCUGUCGACAACCCGACCCGCUUAUUGAGUUAUUAGAAAAUUGGAUGCAUUUGAUACCCAGCUGGAUUAUGGACAAUAUACUAGAGCUACUGGUACUUCCCAAACUUACACUAGAAGUUGAAGAGUGGAAUCCCUUGACCGAUACGGUGCCCAUUCAUACCUGGAUUCAUCCCUGGCUACCACUGAUGGGUAAUCGCAUGGAUACUUUGAUAUAUCCAAUAAUUAGACGUAAGCUUGGAUCAGCGCUCGGAGGUUGGCAUCCGUCUGACAGAUCAGCAAGACUUAUGCUAGAACCCUGGUCUCAAGUAUUCACUAAAGGCGACAUGGAAGCUUUUCUAGUCAAGAACAUCCUGCCAAAACUACAGAUUGCAUUGUCUGAGUUUAUCAUCAAUCCUCACUCGCAGCAUUUAGAUAAUUGGAAUUGGGUUUAUGAUUGGGUAGCCAUGCUACCGGUUCACACGAUGGUCGGGUUGCUGGACAAGUUUUUUUUCCCUAAAUGGCUGCAAGUAUUGGCGCUGUGGCUUAAUCAUUCUCCAAAUUAUGACCAGAUAACGCACUGGUACAUGGGAUGGAAGAAAAUGCUGAACGACAGACUCUUGGCUGAGCCAGUCAUUAAGGAUCAUUUCAAAAAAGCGCUGGAUAUGAUGAAUCGAGCUGUAUCAACUCCACAAGGCCUUCAACCCGGUGCUGUCGAGCAAGUUUCAUACUUGACGAGUCUUGAAAGAACGCAGCCAGUUCCGCAGAUUUCUGCUUCAGCUCAACCACGUAUUGAGAGACUUGCCGAAGCCGUACGUACCGCUUCGCAGAUACCUCAAGGUUUCAAAGAUCUUGUGCAGAAGAAGUGCGAAGAACGCGGCAUUCUGUUCAUGCCGAUGGCAAACCGAUAUCGUGAAGCUAAACAAGUCUACAAAGUUGGAAACGUACAGGCCUACAUCGAUGGGAAUGUUCUUUUCGUGAAUCAUAAAGUUUCUAAUUGGGUUCCAACUCACCUCAACGCCUUACUAGACAUGGCAGAACUCUAACCAAUGGUAGGAAAUUUUUAAUUAUAAACACUUGUUAUUUUUUCUAGACUAAUUGUUGUUAUUUAGUUUUUUAUUUUGUUAGGAAAACGGUUGAUUGUAGACCAACCCCAUAACUUUUUUCUAAAGUUAUUAUUUAUUUAUUAUUUUUUUUUUUUUCGUAAAAUUAAUUAGAUAUAAAAUCGAGAUGCUCGAUUAAAAGUAUUAAAUUUUCAAAAUUAAAUUUUCAUUUAAAAUACACGUAAAUUCAAUUACUUUUUUUCUAACUUUCUAAUACUCAGCUGUGUUUUAUGAUAUCGACGCGGUGUUGGUCGCAAAUUGUAGGGCAUUUGGUGUUCUUUAAAAGUGCCCGUAAUAACAGCUGUAAUUCCAGCUGUUUCACUUUUGUCCGCUGCGGAAGUUAUUUUUCCUAUGAAAUUGACCUUUAUUGGCUUGCAGAACGUAAAAUAAUAAAAGUACACUGAAAAUGUUAUCAGAAGUUUUGUAGGAAAUUUUAUUCCCUUCAAAAAAAGCCCAAUGAGUCAAUUCGCUAAAGUCCAUAGUUUCCGAGUUAUAGUGAUUUUAAUAAUUUGAAAAAUAUUAUAGUAAAAAAACAAAUGACAAUUGAUAUUUUAUUUAUUAAAAAUUUUAGAAUAACAUUUAUUAUAUACAUUCGCCUAUCAUUAUAAAUAUAAAAAAAUAAAUUUAUAGCAAGAGAGUCAACCUAGCAACAAUAAAAAACAAUAUAAUUAUCAUACAACAAUACGUUCAAAUUCAUUUAGCUUCUUGAAUUAUGUUUUAUUUUUAUUUUUUUUUCUUAAGUCCGCCUUUCUGAGUGAAAACCAACGAGCUGUUUGCUUCCGAAUUUACGGUAGAGGUAUUUUCAAUUCUUUUUCUACAACUCAGUUGUUACAAUAGUUACUAAUUACCUCUAAAGAGAUGAUAGCAUUCGAGGUCUUUUAGUUUAAUUAUCUCACUACUUUUCUUCUUAGGGUGAAUGUAAAUUUUGAAAUUAUUUCACCCCGAAUUAAAAAAUCUAACCUCAUGUAUAUCGGCCUAUUAAUUUCUUCUUUGAUUUUACAGCUUUAAACCGAUUUUUCUGUAAAAUUAAAAAUAAAUAAGGGAAGCUAUUGGUUUCGGUCUGAUUCUCGAAAGCCGAAUUUCUAACAGAUCUUGACAUUUAAGAUUUUGUUUCAUUUAUCAAUUGUUUCUGUCAAUUGAAUCGUCUAUCACAUUUCAUUAAGCAGUCAAAAUAAGAGUGUCUAAUCUGACUUAUUUGUAACUAAGUAAGAAUGUAAAUCUAUUUAAUUUAUUACUUGAAUUUUUUUAAUUUAUUGUAUGAUAUAUAGGAUUAAAAAGACAAAAUUACGUAUCUUACGCAAUAUGUAAAAUAAAUGAAGAUCAUAACCUAUAAAUAAUCAUUUAUAUUAUUUAUAAACAAUUUUUGUGCAUUAACUUAUAUAAAAAAUUGGAUUCAAAAGAUAAAGAUAAGUACUUGAUUUCACUUAGUUAUCUAUAGUAAUUUUUAUUUUUGUAUGCUAAGGUAACCAAGAUUGACCAAUUCAAUAUAACUUAUCGUAAUUAAUAAUUUUAUAUUUUAGACUAGCCGCUACCAGUGGCUUCGCACACGUAAGUUCUACAAUACAUAUAUUAGUAUUAUAAUAAGAUUUACUAAAUAAUUCAAGUAAAUAUAUAUAUAUAUAUAUAUACAUGUAAAAUAUACAUCAUAAUAUAAACAUAAAUUUUAUUAUUGUAUAUAUAUGGUUACCUUCUCUUUUUUCUAGGAUAAAUAAUUCCAUAAGGAUCGGUUUUAGAAAAAUCAAUAUUAUAUUGCUUCAUCAUUUUGUUUUAAAUAAAUUAGUUUUUAAAUUUAAAUUUUAUUUUAUAAGAUUUUAUUCAUUUAUUAUAAUUAUUUCCAGAUGCACAAAAUUAUUUUGUUAAUUCUUUUAUGUGUGAUAGACGUUAUGA